AUGGCCCAGAAGAGAGUCAGUGUGACUGUUGAGAAAAAGCUUGAAGUGCUUGAAUACGCUGAGAAAAACCCGAAAGCCAGCCAAGGAGACAUUGCUCGUCAUUUCUCCAUCUCCCAGCCCACAGUGUCGACCAUUCUGCGCAAGAAAGAUUCCUUGCUGGCACUAGCUUCCAAGGGAUCGAGGAGUGUAAAGAGAAACUGGUCCACACGCUGCGAUGUUCUGGAGAAGGGCAUGGAAGCAUAUUACGCCGCCUGCAAGGAUAAAUCCCUGAACUCCAUCAGUUACGAUUUGCUUAUCACAAAGGGUAAAGCCAUCGCUGAAGAACUGCAACGAGCUGGUCUUGCUGAUGCCAAAGAUGUUCCAUCGAGUGACGCUGACUGGAAGAGUUACGUUCAGCUGUUCCUGAAGAAACGGAGCAUAACUUCCAAACGUCAUCAUGGAGAGUCUGCUCAUGCAGACACCGCUGCUGCGUGGAAUUUGUUUGAUGGUGUCUGGCCAGAGUUGUUUAGUAGCGUGAGUAACGAUCCCUCUUGCGUGUUCAACAUAGACGAGACGGGUCUGUUUUGGAGAGCUCUUCCUCGUAGAACGCUUGCGCGGGUGAGUGAGAACGUCAAGGGCAGCAAGGUCCAGAAGGAUAGGAUCACGUUUGCAGUAGCAACAUGCAUGGAUGCGACCAGGCUGCCUCUACAUGGCAUUGGAACCGCUACGAUGCCUCGUGCUGUGGCAGCUGCUCACACCACUCCAGCUAACGCUCUUAGUGGUCUCUGGACAAGUAACAACAAAGGGUGGAUGACAGAGACGGUCUUCUGCGAUUGGCUGCUUGAGUUCAAUCGGCUGUUUCGCCGCAAAGGCAAGAAAGUUCUUUUGUUGGUAGACAACUGUCCAGCACACAAGUGUGAAGCAAUUCAAUACAGCCUUGAUCAUGUUAAUGUUGUGUUUCUCCCUCCCAACACGACCAGCAUUAUUCAGCCAUGUGAUGCUGGCAUUAUUAACGCAUUCAAGCUGAACUACCGCCGCCUCAUGCUGACGAAAGUUGGCGGGCUAGUUGAUAGUCCCACCAUUGAAAAGCUGGACACCAAGGCCCUGAAGAAGAACAUCAACAUGCUCUACUGCCUCCAGUAUGCAAAAGAUGCUUGGCAGUCUGUGACAGAGACCACUGUUCAGAAUUGCUGGAGGAAGGCUGGGUUCGCUGUUGAGAUGCAAGCCACUGAGGACAACACUGUCCCUGAAGUCUAG